AUGAGUAAUUUAUGGAACAUAGCAAUAUUUCAGGUGGAAGUAAAGCCUGCUAAAUCACGGGAGAACAAGAAAGUGUUUGUUGGCGGGCUACCAUCUGAUUAUAAUGAGGGCGAACUCCGAUCGCACUUCGAACAGUUCGGAAAAGUCGAAGACAUCGAAUGGCCUUUUGAUAAGCAGACAAAAAUGCGCCGUAAUUUCGCAUUCAUUGUCUUCGAGGAGGAAGAGGCUGCCGAUAAGGCAUCCGCUCAGUCGAAGCAAACAUUUGGCAAUCGCGAAUGCGACGUUAAGAAAGCAGUUCCUCAAGGAAAGCGAUUUGCUGCCAUGGGAGGACGCGGCAACGGCAUGAGGCCAUAUGGUGGCCGAGGUGGCGUCAACGGAGGGGCAGCUUGGUAUGGAGCUUGGGGACAAAUGGGGAUGCCAUAUGGAGCUGGAGCUGCAUGGGGAGAUUGGUAUGGGGCAGCCAAUUCUUUCUAUGGUCAACAGAAUGGAUCGGCUGCUUAUGGAAAUGCUUAUGGCGCAGGUGGUGCAGGAUACGAUUCCUACCAGCAAGGUGGUGCUCGUCAAAAUGGCAACGCAAAUGGACAACGUUACCAACAGGCUGCUCAGCAGCAGCAGUAUUGA